GCAUCAUCUGAAAGACUCUUUCAUUCAUACUGAUGGGAUGGGUCCUAAAGACCAGUUGAAGUUAAAAUUAAUAACAGUGAUAAAAUAAAGUAAUAUAAUAUCUUUUAAUUUAAGUGAACAAAAUUUAAAACAGUUCUAUUUAUCAGCCAAAAGCCAAAAAAGAAAUUAUAAAUUAAUUCAAAAUGAUGAGUUCCAAUUCAAUGUUUUUAUUUGUUAACUUGAAAAAAAAUCAACGAGAAAAUCUCAUGAGUCAAAGCAUGUAUGUUAUAUCACCUCGACGAAAGAAGCAUCCAGAGUUAACACCAGUGCCACCAAGAGAUCAACGUGAUGGAUUACGUGGUGAUACUUUCACAUCUUUUAGUACAAGUCGAAGCAGAGACUCUAUAAAUUGUAAAUUAAAUGAUUCUGGCUGUAAUGAGGUGAAAUUGAGUGGACCAAAGAGAGCUGUCAGUAUGACUCGGCUUGAUCAAUUGGCUAAACCAAGGCAACGAUAUCUAGAGGAAUCUCUUAGAUUACGAAGUCUGGCAUCUUCUCGGAUUGGACCUUUGUCCCCCACUCGACCCACAUCAUCUAUGUCUGGUCUAUCAGAACAAUCGACUACUUCGUCUCUAGUUGUAAGGAGACCGAAGACUAGUCGUAAACCUAGACCAUUCAGUAUAGCUGGCAGUGUUCCAGAUAACCGUAAAUCUAAUUAUGAUGGACAGGUUAACUACAGAACGCCUAUUAUAAAUAGGGAAAUGACCAGCUCAUUGAUAGUAACAUCAACCACCGCAACAACACCACCAGGAUUAUCAGCAUCAACAGCUUCUUUAUCAAGUGUUCAACAGCGGCCAAACCGUGCACGUAGUGUAGGAUCUAAAUUUCGUGCUCCAUUUGAUGGAAUGGAUAACAAUAAUAAAAAUAAUGAUAAUCUAGUUAAACCAGCACCUCCGCGAAAACCAGCACACGUUAAGGCUGCUGCUGCUGCGCGGCGUAAUAAUAAUGCUAAUAGAGCUCCUUUACAACCACAACAAAGUGGUAAUUUAGGAGAGAGAGAAUCGCCGGAUGCCAAUAAUAGGAAUUAUAGUGAAUUAUCUGAAAAAAGUUGUCCGAAUAUAACAAUAGAAGACAACUCUGUAAACAAGGAAAAAACCAGUAAAAUUAACAACAUGAAAUCAUCUGAAGAGGAAUCAGAGGUUACUACAGAAAGUGAGACAAGUUUGAAUCAAGUUAACAGCAUGAGCAGCAAUUGCUCUUCCAAUAAAAAGGAGAUAAGUGAAGAGGAGUAUAAAAAGAUUUUGGCCGAGAAGAGACGUUUGGCUCGUGAACAAGCUGAAAGAGAAGCUGAAAUGGAAAGAAAACGAUUGGAAGAAGUUCGCAGGAUUGAAGCUGAAAGACAACGAGCUGAAGAGGAAAAGAUGAGAGCCGAAGAGGAAGAGCAACUUAGAUUAGCUGAAGAGCACAGAAAAAUGCAGGAGGAAAAAUUACGUCAAGCCAUGGAGGAGCAAAGAAGAAGAGAAGAAGAGGAAAGAAAACGCCGGGAUGAGGAAUUACGUUUAAAACAAGAAAGAGAAGAGCAAGAAGCCAAGGCUAAAGAGGAAGCUGAAAAAGCAAGACUUGAACUGGAAGAAAGGUUAAGAAAAGAUGAAGAGGAAAGGAUUCUGCGUAAAAAGAGAGUUGAAGCAAUAAUGAGUCGAACUCGCAAAGCUCAAGGAAAUAAGGCCAAUUUUCCCAAUUCUGAUGGAUCUCGAACACCGGAUUCAAAUGAUGCAAGCCCUGUCCGAAGUAUUGAUGAAUCAAACGGAGUAUCGUUCAACAACAAUCAAGGAAUUUACUUGGAACUCCUUUGAAGAGAUAAAUCAAUAAAACAAGCAAUCAAAUUGGACACCGACACUGGCAAGACAGCUUCAACGGUUGCCAUCAAGACUGACAACGACAGUUCUUGUCGACAGUUUGAGAAUUAAUUUUUUAAAUUGUUCUGGAUGCGACAAUAAUUUAAAUCUUCUCUUCUUUCCUUCUUUCCAUCUUCUUGCUCUUUACCUUUUACCUCUUUUAUCUUUAUCUUUUUUUGAAAACAUUUUCUUUCUCUCAUCUCAUCUCAAAAUUGUGCUGUUUUAAUCACAAAUCCAAAUUUUAAUUCGCCAUUCAUUCAACUUCAUUCAAUUAUUGUUGAAUGAUCCGUUUUUUGGCCAUAGACCCUGUUUUAAAUGGACUUUAAGACUGUUCAAUUUUAACCAAAAGGAUCUUCCUUCCUACUGUUUUCAUUUUUAACCUCUUAAUACUAUUCAAGAGACUGUUUCAUUUUAAGUCUUCAGUUUUUUAAUUUGUCAGCUUUUCAUUAGAAGAUUCUUCUUUAUUUCCUUUUUUUCCCUCUUUUUCAAUUUCUCUUUAAUCCUGUAUAUCAUCCAUUUUUCUUCUAGUAGUGAUGUACAUUCACUCUUUUGGCCUAGCCAAGUCAAAUCUCUUAGUUGCCAAUUUUACCAAUAGAGAUGAGCAAAGACCGAUUCAAGCAAGUUGAAAGGAACAGAAAUCAGAUGAGAACUCAAAGGCCUUUAGAAACAACCAAUCAUAGGAUGUUAAAGGUUUUGUUUCAUCUAAACUAACAAAAUGGAUAAAUAUAAAUGUAAUCAAAACAUAUAAAACACUUGUGGAUAUAAGAAAAAAAUGAAUAAAGUUACCAUGAGUGAAUGGUUAAA